ACCCAUUCUGACUAUUGUGACAUAAUUCAGUUUAUUACAAGGAAGUAACUAUCUAAGAAGCAGAGGUGUCAUUACCCGGUAGCUCCUGUUCACAAAAAGCUGCGCUGUUGAUUUCUCUUAGCUGGUCUGUACAUAGGAAAGAAACACCAUACACACACACACACACACACACACACACACACACACACACACACACACACGAGUCCUCGCUUUCUGCAUAAAAAAUGUGUGUGUGUUCUUUAGAAGCCAGCGGUUGGCUGGUUUUCCGGACAUGAUGUGGUUGAAGCUGUCAUCGUAAUGGAAAUUCACUGCUGUAGCUAUGGUAAAUCGAGUGUUCUGCCUGGGCUGAAUGCAUUAGUCUAAUGAGAUGUUUGCAGCGGCCGAGCAGGGCUGCUGGCGACUAGCUGUGAGGCAUAAGCACACCGUGGAAGAUAGCUGCUUGUGCCAUACUCGCAGUGCAUGUGCAGGAAGUCACCUGUCUUCUAAGCCAACACUCCGACCUCAGCAGCACCCUGAUCGGGGCUCUGUGACCAAGCUGUAGGACCUCUCUUGCCCGCGCGCGGUUUGCCUCCUCAUUCAGUAAGACUGGCACCAGCAGAGAUGCAGACGCAGAGGGUCCCAGGGAGGAAGCGUGGCCGGCCUCCACUUCACUCCACACGGGUGCAGAUGGCAGUUCAUAACCUUUAUUCUGCUUCUUCUGCCUCUGUGCCGGCAGUGACAAUCCCAAAGAAGAGAGGACGGAAACCCAGGUACAAGAUCAAGUCUCCAGUGCUCAUGACUCCCUUGGCCCUGUCGCCUCCACGGAGUACCCCGGAACCCGACCUCAGCUCCAUCCCUCAGGAUGCAGCCACCAUCCCGAGCUUGGUGGUCCCAGAGGCUCUCACAGUGUGCCUCUACAUUAACAAACAGGCCGACGCAGGGCCAUACCUGGAGAGGAGGAAGCUGCAGCAGCUUCCGGAGCGCCUGGGGCCGGAGCGGCCCGCUACCGUGCUGCAGCAGGCGGUGCAAGCAUGCAUCGACUGUGCGCACCAGCCAAGGCUGGUCUUCUCCCUUGUCAAGCAAGGAUACCGCGGUGAACUGGUGUCAGUCUCUGCUUCCUUUGAUGGAAAGCAGCACCUGAGGAGUCUGCCUGUGGUGAACAGUGUGGGUUAUGUCCUCCGCUUCCUGACCAAACUGUGCCGCAGCCUCCUGUGUGACAACCUCUUCAGCCACCUGCCUUUCCCCGGGAGCAUCGGUACCUCUGAGAAGGCCCAGGAGAGAGAGGAUGGGAGGCCUGAGUCAGCCAAGGUAGCCACUGCUGAAGAGUGUUUGGUAAACACAGUGGGCAUGAACCGCUACAGCAUGGAUGCCUCCUCCACUGCCUUCAGCCACAGGGGCUCCGUGACCCAUUCCUCCUCACUGUACAAGAGGCUGAACUGUGGAGACAGCCACCUUUCGGGAGGCCCUGCCACCACCACCAGUGGUCCCCGUACCAACCCUGUGCCCUCUGGAAGUUCAUCGACACCUGGACUGAGGCUCCCGGCCUCCAGCCCCAAGAGGAAUGGAACAGCCGUCGAAGGAAACAGAUGUGCCUCGAGUCCCUCUCCAGAGCUGCAGGAUACCAGGCGACCAAGCAGCAGAAACCCUUCUACCUGGACUGUGGAGGACGUGGUCUGGUUUGUGAAGGAUGCGGAUCCUCAGGCUCUGGGGCCUCACGUGGAGCUCUUCAGAAAGCAUGAGAUUGACGGCAAUGCCUUGUUGUUGCUGAGGAGCGACAUGAUCAUGAAAUACCUGGGACUGAAGCUGGGACCCGCGCUGAAGCUCUGCUAUCACAUCGACAAGCUGAAGCAAGCUAAGUUCUAAAGGGCUGGAAAGAAAACCCCCAGACCUCCAGGUUACUGCUGCCAGACCAGCGUCCGUCCACUGUCAUGAGUAGACUGUCCUCUUAAAUGUCACAGCCACAAAGACUGUGUCUUUUUAUAAAACGUGUGCAUCCUUGCAUUUUUGUAACAUUCCUGGUGGCCCCUUUCAGAGACUCAACUGUGUGCUAGACUUGUCAGAAAAAAUCACACAGACACACAAAAAAAGCCUAUUACAGUCAAUGUUCCUGACGUGUUGGUCACUCUUUAUGGGUGCUAUUUGUGACAUGACAGAGUGAAUAACUGAACGCUGUCACCCAAGGAGAGCCCUGGAGGGGAGCUCGAAAAGUCACGAGAAGAUCCCUGUCCUUGCAGGGGCUGUGGGGACACCCCCAGUGGUUGGCAACCUCUCCCUGUUCUUGGGACCGAUCCGCAUGAGCUUCACUGGACUCAGCUCUGGAAGUUGUCUUCUGAUGGCCGCCUCGCCUUGCACUAUCUGGAAAACUUGAAUUUUUGUUGCUGUCUUUUUUGUUCGUUUGUUUUUGUCCUCCACCCCUCCACCCUACCCCCCCAUACCCCACCUCACCCCACCCCCCAACCCCCCACCCCAUCCUACCCUCGCUCUCGACAAGAAAGGGGAAAGGAUGUUUUCGAGCCCUAGCUACUGUAGUCCUUCCUUGCUCCACCAGAGGGCAGACUGCUAACGAGGUUUCAGGAUGCACAGACUGCACGGCCGGGGCAGGGUGUUUAUCUGCAAGACCUAGCUUGCACCGGGACUGGGGAUGAAUUCCACACUCAGCACCCCAGAUUGCCACUUGGGAAGAAAUCAUGCUCUGUCGGGGUCCAGCUCAGACCCAUUGCUUACUGACUUACUCGGUACGGAUUCGGAAGCAACCAUCUGCCUAAACAAAGACCUGGCGUCCCUUCCCGCCCAGAGUCUCACUGAAGCUCUGAUAUGAUGGCAUGCUGAGGGAUCUUGGUGACAUUUAACUAUGGGUAUUUCUUGAAAAAAGGUGUGGGGGGGUGGGAACUGUCUCGACAAAGUUUGAAAUGGGAUGUGCUGAUUCCUAGUUUCAUGGCUACGUUCUGUGGCUGUGUGUCUGUGGCUAAUUUUUCUAGUCUUCGACAAAUAUGCAGACGUGUUUUUAUUGGGCUCAAUUCAAUUUACAAAUAGGUUUUUACUCUUCACUGUGAAGUAAUGGGAAAAAAUUGAUUUUCUACUCUUAGCAGCUGUGUCCAGAGGCGGAUGGAGCCACGGUUUCCUAGGCGGAAGGGGCACUUCUUCGCGGCUAUUCUUUAUGGAAUCCUCUCCCUGGCUUUGUUUAUUCUAAACGAAUAGAGAACUUUCCUUAAAGGCACAUCUGGGGAAAGUGAGGUUGGUCAAGCAUAACUUAGGGUCUCCCAUGACAAUAGUAUGAAUUUUAGAAAGGCAUCUUCUCUCGGGUUGCAGUCUGAGCAAGGUCUCUGCUGGCAAGUGUAGCCAGUGGUCCUGGUCCACAACAAGACACAUGUAGGCUCUCCGAUGGAUCUAGCUAUUGUACCAGUCAGGUAGAAUGUAGGUGAAGAGCACAGGACGUAUUCCAUGUUGUGCUAUAAGGGCCUACUUGGAUGCUCCCUGUUUGUGGGAGUGUGACAUGACCCUGCAAGAUCUUUGUUACAUAUACACUGGUGGUUGGACUUAAAUACAACAGAGAAGGAGAAAAAUGUCCCAAAGCUUUCCACUGGAUGGAACUUGAUCAGGUGUGGAUGAGCCUGAUGUCUGUUAUUGAUAGCAUGAGGCAGAAAUGACCUUGAAUUAGACCUUGGACAGAUUCUUUAAGAUGUUAAAGCAACGAGUGGACUCUGCCUUGAAGAAUACUGUCAAUGCUGGGUGCUCUGAAGUUAGAUCCCAUCAAACAGUUCCCAUGUACACAAUUGCUUGCAAUGGAAGUGUGGAGAUUAGAACAGUCGCUUCACACAAAUGUUUGCCCUUCCCCGGAGGCUCACGGUGCCUCUUCCAGGGACACAGGCUCCUUCGUGACUGGCAGUAUUAAGCUUGUCAAAUGUCCUGCCUAAACUUACCCAUGUCUCACUGGUGCCCCAAGUUAAAACAAGGCCAAACAAGUCAAGGGGAGGCCUCAAGUGAUUUUUGAAGGAGAGCUAGGACCCAGUUCAAGUCUGUGGGGGAACUGGAGCUGUGUCCCUAGACAUGAUGUCUUAUUUCACACGAAGCCUUAAAUUAGCUCGAUCGUCGGAUUCCAGACAUUUAAGGUUUGGCCAAACAGAACCAAGCAAAGCACCAAGAAGCAAUCUCAUUAGUCUUGGAAUGGGGCUGCCAUACCACGGAAGACCCGGCGGAACCAAUUCUUCUUGCCUGUUUUUUCAUACAAUCUAAUUAGUUGACCAAAUCAUCAUCGUAAUGCUGCAAGUAUAAUUAAUUUUCAACCCUCUCAAAAAUCUUGUCAAACAGAGCAGCUAAAUAGCUUCUCAUAUGUAAACCAUGCAAGGCCACUUCCUCUAAACAGACCUUCCAGGGUCAGGCCACAGGGCUUACCCUGGCCCACAUGAGCAGGACUUGAACUCACACCUGACAGUCCCCGUGCUUGCUAUUCUGGCUGUAUAGCUCUGCUUCAGGUUGGAGUGGAGAAUGAACACAUUUUGCAUAAUUCCAAAUUAAAGAGUGUUGGUGCUCUUGUUCCAGA